ACACUCACUGAUUGUCAUCAUGAUCAUCAUUUCUUUGCUCCUGCUGGUCUCUCUGCUGCCACACCUGAUGCUCAUGUGAAGGUGGGUACAGUGAACAGCAGAGAAGCAAAACCCCACUCUAGACCUUAUAUGGUUUCUAUUCAGAAGAACGGGCAACAUAUAUGUGGUGGAUUCCUCAUUUCUGAUGAGUUUGUGUUGACUGCUGCACAUUGCCGCAAUAAAUCAGAAAUUUUCACAGUUGUAGUAGGUGCACACAACCGACGAAAUAUGAAGGAAGGAGCUGUCCGCAUCGAAGUAAAGACCUACUACAGACAUCUGGAUUUUAGCGAAAAUCCUUUUCGGAAUGACCUCAUGCUUUUGAGGCUAAAAAGAAAAGUCCAAAAAAAUAAAAAUGUCAAAUGGAUAUCCAUUCCAAAGACUGAAGAAGACGUCAAAGAAAAUUCUGUUUGUAGUGUUGCAGGAUGGGGAAGUUUAGUAACUAAUGGCACCUCAAGCCCUGUUCUCAUGGAAACAAAUGUGAGGAUCAUGAGUAAUGCAAAAUGUAAAAACAGUUGGGGGUCGACAUUCUUAGCUGCGCAAAUGAUGUGUGUAUAUGGCUAUGGAGGAAGCUGUGAGGGGGAUUCAGGAGGUCCUUUGGUUUGUGGAGAUAUUGCAGUCGGUGUCACUUCCUUUUUUUACGAAGAACUCUGCAAUUCACCUCAGUACCCUAAUGUGUAUACUAAGAUUUCAGCAUUUCUUCCAUGGAUCAACAAUAUAAUUGGAAAUGAUAAUUGACUUGAUAACGAAAAAAAAAAAAAAAAAAAAAAAAAAAAGAUGUGUAGAGCUUAAUCCAAAUGUUUUCAAACGUUUAAAGGGUUAUUUCACCCAAAAAUGAAAAUUGUCAUUAAUUACUUACCUCAUGUUGUUCUAAAUCCGUAAGACCUUCGUUCAUCAUCGGAACACAAUUUAAGAUAUUUUUGAUGAAAUCCGACAUGUCUCUGAUCCUCCCAUAGACACGAAUCCAGCUUCCUAUUCGCAGCUUCUUAUUGACGCUAUCCGUUCCACCUUAAAAACGCGACGCUUCCGCCUUUCUUAGCUUCUUAUUCACGCUCGACUUAGGGACCGUCUCUUUUUCAAAUACGAACAAUAAACGAUUGUUAAAUGUAAAUAACACUAAGGUAAGAGCGAAAGCACCUGCCCAGCACCUGUGAAU